UUGAAAAUUGUGACAUAUCAUAUAAUCGUCCGAAAUGGUACUUACGUUUAGUAGCAUAUGUAUACACUCGUACUAAACAUUAAUCAAUAUGUAAACAGGCCCUAAGGCAAGUGUUUACGGUCGUACGGGCCUUAUAAGAUAAAAAUAAAUUAUUGAUUAUCUCCGAAAUGGAGUUGAAAUUAACGAAAAUAAAAAAGAACACGGUGUAUAUAAUGUCGUCUAACACAAGCCUUUUCGAGCUUAUUAUGGGACUAAGAUGAUGUGUGUAAAAUUGUCCUUAUGAUAUUUAUUUACUUAACUCAUUCGGCGCUAAUCACGACACGUUGUCGUUUUGCCUCUACGAAGCUCAAUUACAUAACGGGAAACCCAUGUUAUCGGCUACGACGUAGCGCUACGACCGCAGCUCAGCGGUGAAUGAAUUAAAUUGUGCGAGCGACCGCUUUCGGUACUUAAAUAAAAAUAGGCAAGGCGAGACGAUUGGAACCAACUUCUGUGGCCGCCCUGACACUGAAACUCUUGUUUUCUACUGAAAUUAACAUUUACUACAUUUUCUUUUGAGGCUUUUUGUGAGAGUUAUAAUUAUAAAUAAUUUAAUAUGAAUGAUUUGUUAGCUUUAUUAGGAAAAUUUAAAACCCUAUCUCAGGCUCAUACGAACACUGAUAUUCCCAAUCUUCCUUUACGCGGCAGAGACGUGGAUAGUGCGUGAGUUGGAAAAGAGGAAGAUGGAUGCUCUAGAGAUAUGGUGCUGGAGGAAGAUGCUCGACAUAUCCUGGACAGAGUUCCGCACCAACGUGUCCAUACUCCAGGAACUCGGCAUCACAAAGCGUCUAUCGACCAUAGUACAGAUGCGCAUACUGCAGUACUUUGGUCAUGUCUCUAGGCGUGAUAAUAACUCCAUAGAACGGCUGGUCGUACAAUGAAAAGUACAGAGAACCAGAUCACGCAGCAGGCCACCUAUACGCUAAGAUUAAUGAAAAAUAUUCAGCAAAUAACUCUUAUGAACAACUAAAAUUUAGGGUCAUACCUCCUCAAAAUCGAACGCUAAAUCACAAUAAACUUAUUUUUAUACAUUAUUCUUCGACUUUCGUAGCUUUUGAUCGCACAAUUUAAAAGCCCUUCCCGCUUUAAGCUAACUUGACUACUGAGUAGCAUUUUCAACAGGUAGAUAACUUAUCCACGAAUAAAGUUAUAUUUAUCUAUUUACCAAAUUACAGUCGAACGCAUUACGUACGUAAAUAUUUUUAUGUCGCGAGGGGAGCGGGGCUCGAUUCGGCUUCAUACGCUGUCCGGUUGCCGCGGCGCGCGAUCGUGUCGCUCCCCGUUCGACCCUCCACGUGUGCAGUGCUGUGUUGAAAUGUUGAAACUGUGAAUAUGUUGGAUAUAGUGUUCUAGGAAUUGUUCCAUGUUCUAUGGCAGCCUGCCGAUGUAAACACACGCCCGAAAUGAGAUGAGCAUGCGCGUGGCUUGGGCCAGGUGGUACUGGAUUGUGAUCUUCACGACGUGCACCGCGAGGACCGCCAGCGACUGGCUGGACUGCGCUCGGUUCGCCGCCUGCGUCUGCAAGUGGUCUUCCGGCAAAAAAACCGCCACCUGCGCCUCGAGCGACCUACGCCGACCCCCGCCACUCUCAUCCGACAUCCAAGUAUUGGACAUACACGACAACCCAAUCAGAAACCUCCCUGCCGAAGCCUUUGCUAAUAUCGGCUUAUUAAACCUACAGAAAAUUAACUUAAGAGCCACUAAACUUCGAUCGCUGCAUGCGGAUGCAUUUCUCGAAUUAAGAAUUCUGAUUGAAGUCGAUUUAGCUGAAAACGACCUCUCCAAUCUGCCGAGGGAUAUAUUCAGAGGCAACGAAAGACUGCGCUUGGUAGUUCUGACCAACAACCCUUUGACGACGCUAAUUGCAGACCAGUUCCCGCCUUUGCCGCAUCUGCGCAUGCUUUUAUUAGACGGUUGCCGCCUGCGGACGAUACACAGAAACGCUUUACGGAAUUUAAAAUCUUUGGAGAAAAUAGAUUUGCGUAGAAAUCAGCUUACAUUCCUUCGUUACAGUACGUUCUCUUUGCCGACUUUGAAAACGAUUUCUUUGUCGGGAAAUCCGUGGCGAUGCGAUUGCCGAUUGCGUGAAUUUAAAGAUUGGUUUUUGCUGAGGAAGUUAGAUACAGAAGAGUUAGUUUGUGUGGAGCCUUCCACGAAGGCAGGGAACAAGUGGCGGAGUGUCUCUAACGAGAGCAUGGUGUGCGCGCCCGAGGUGCGCUCUAGCACGUUGGUUGUGAGAGCUGAAGUCGGAAUGGCAACUACCUUCGGCUGCUGGGUUCACGGAAUUCCAAAACCUCAAGUAACAUGGUUAUUUGACGGUGUAGAUGUACAUAACAGUAGUUUAGAUUGCGAUCUGGAAGAAACGCAGACGGAUAUAGAAGACGAUGAUGCCGAUGAAAGAGUAGCAGGUAGCGUGAGAUGGGUGAAUAUCACGCUGUUGAAUGUAACUUCUAGUGCGGCCGGAGAAUGGUCCUGUGUAGCAAAAAGUAGUGCUGGAGAAGCAAGAGCAAUUAUUAGUCUCGUGCUACCACGAUCCCAAACAGCCACAGCAAGAACAGCACCCGGCAUUCCACAACUUCUUGGCGUCGUUUUUGGUGCAUUAGGUAUCCUAGCGUCCUUGGGCUUUUUAGCGGCUGUGGCCUGCUGGAGAUUAAGACGACGAACUGUCCCACCAAGCAGAAGCUUCACUGACCAAGAAAAGAGAUUAUUAGAUGCAUCAGUAGUCGUCAGUUGCGAUCGUUCUAUAGGUGACAUGGCGUCUCCCUGCGAUUUUGAACUGACAGAAAGAUGUGGUGAUGAUCAGCCUAGAGGCUGUGGCUUCGACCCUGUACAUAUAACUAUAGAAGGUACUCCAGGGGCCUUUCCUCCUCCGCCUGCGGAGUUUGCUGUCCCAGUUCCUUACGGAAACAUAUUUAUAUCAGUGCAAGUAGCAGGGAGAGUUGGUGAGCCGGGGAAGUACCCUGAUCUUCUGAGUGGAGGAGCGACGUUGCCACGUAGAAGUAGGACGUGCUGCACUGCACCGGCCUAUGAUAAUAUGGGACCCAGAGUGACCGCGACGGGGAGUUCUUCAACAUGGUCUUUACCUGGACCUAGCGCGGAGAACGGUGGAGUGGACAACACCGAGACCCCUGUACUGACCUUACCGCCUCCGCCACCUGAGUUUGUGUCCCUUUAGCCUCGGCCCCUGGUACUGGACGCCUCUGCCCUGAGGUGACCUGGUACCACACGGACUUUUGGUCAAUUAGACUUUUUUCCAAUUUCUUCAUUAUAAGAUUAUUAAGUUUUGUAAAUACUUAAUUGCUAAGUGGGAGAUGUGUGACAUCCUGUGAGAUUUAAAUACGUAAGGUUGUUAUCACUAUUGAUGAUGAUGAUGAAUGUUAUUUAUCAUUAUUAGUUAGAGUAAAUCUUGUUGCUGGUAUGUUGGGAUUUUAUUGAAGUAAGAAUCUAGUCUUUGCGUUGAUUUCCUAGGACAUUGUUUUUAAAUACUUUUUGCAUAUGUGUGUCUUCCCAACUUUUGUAAAUAUAAUUAUUUAUUACUUAUAAACUUCCCAAACAUAAGACUGACCCUUUUGUCUUGUUUUCGUCUAUCUUUAUAUCUUUAACGAUGUAUAAAGCUAUACACUCCACUUAGUUAUACUGGAUAGCUUCUAAACAAAUUCUUUGAGAGCAAAUAAUGUAAAAAUAAACAGAUCACAAGCAUAGUA